AAUGUUUUAUACGUAGAACACUGUGCAGUCUAAUCUAAUCUCGUCGGUCUUGAAUAUUAAUUCUUCUUCUUUCUCGAACCUCCCAAAGAUUCAUCUCUAUUGCCCACAUUACCUCCCUGUCCGCUCUUGGAUUUCGAAUGUCGCCAAUAUAUUCUUCCCGCAAUUUUAAAUCCAAUUCGGUUCAGAACCCAUCACGUGAAUUUAGAUGCAUACCUAUAAUUAAGCUAAUCACUGACUUAUAAUUAUUAAUCCAAUAUCAUCUCAUAUAAUCAAUCACACCCCCACCUUCAUUCUCUCAUAGUCGAGCAAACAAAGACUCGCGUCGCCACCUGCUCUUUGUCCUCUAUCUCUUUGUUUCAAACGAUAUUCCCUUUGGAGAAAAUGUUAAUGGAUCAACAGAAGAUGGUACUCAUCUCUUCAACUACUAACGAUUGGCCACAGAUCGACGACGAUGACGGUCAGCACCACAAGGGCGUGAUGGGUUCGACAACGGCGGUUGGAGCUUCUAGAUUGAUGGAGAAACCGGGACAAGAGCAAAUUCAACAGCAGCAGCAAGCCCUGAAAUGUCCUCGAUGUGAUUCUGCCAACACCAAGUUCUGCUACUACAACAACUACAGCUUGUCUCAGCCCAGACACUUCUGCAAGGCCUGCAAGCGAUACUGGACCAGAGGCGGUACUCUUAGAAAUGUUCCGGUCGGCGGUGGGUGUAGAAAGAACAAGCGCGUGAAAAGACCUAGCUCUAGCUCAGCCGUGGAUAAUGGAGCUUCUUCUUCUGCUUCUUCGGCUCCGAACAGUGGUAACUCAAACCCGAAUACCAACACACAACAGAAUCAUCCUCAUAUCGACUUGGCCUCGAACUCGAAUCCUCAUAUGAAUCCGCUGUUUUACGGGUUAGGUAGUAACCAACCUGAUCACAUGGGGAUUAAUCCGUUUACUACAUCCGGAUUUGAUCAGUUCAGUGCUCUUGGGUUAGGGUUUUGUGAUCAAAGGUUUAAUCCGGCGGCUACCAGCAAGCAUACUCAAGAUCUUGUGGCCGCUAAUUCACUUCAUUCUACCAAUCAUUCCAUUUUUAACUCCACAUCUUAUGGCACAGCUCCAACUAUGGCUUCUGUUCUCGCUUCCAAGUUCAUCAACGGUGGGUUUAAAGACGUUAGAGGGAAUAAUAAUCAGUAUUUCCAGAACUUGCUGCCCUUUGAAGAUCUUCAGAUAGCAGCAGCUGGCAACGGUGGUGGCGAGGUGGUGAAGGAAGUGAAAGUAGAAGAUGGUGGACAAAACAGGGUGGGGUGGAGUAGUAAUCACCAGGCUAAUACAGAGCAAAUGGGGCUCUCAUCGGAUCCUACUCUUUACUGGAGCUCGUCAAGCCUCGGAGCGAAUAAUUGGCAUGAUCCAGCAAAUCUAGGGUCGUCGUUGUCUUCUCUGAUCUAAUCUUUUUGCCAGUUUGAACUAGUUUCCCUUAUUUGGUUGGAGUCAUCUUGUUUCUUCUUAGAGUUUUAGGUUUUCUUAGUCGGUGUGGGUUUCUAUUCAGCUGAAAAAAACAGAAAAAAAAAGUAAAAGAACACAGGGAAUCAAGGGUGGGUGGAUCGGAGUGAUCAUGUCAGCAGCAAUUGAAGAAUGGAUCAUUGGCCUCUUGUUU